GAGUACAUGUGCGGACUCUGGAGGUCCGACGAGGUUGAAGACCCUGUCUGACUGGUAUGAGUUCCAUGUAUAACACGACCUUGAUCACCCUACCCGUUGUGGAACACAUCUUGGCCCCCAGCCAGCUGGGCCCCUGGUCUCGCAAUGCUUGAUUGUGUUAGCGCUUACUGCCCAAGAGCGAGCACAUCCUUCAAAUACGUGGGCUUGAAUUUCAAUCUGCACAUCUCAAAGUCCGAACCUUGCAUUCUCAAAGUGACCCUCACGUGCGACGAAAGCCAACACUGACCUGAGACUGGGCACUCUAUUUCUCAUCAAAGCACACCAACUUGGCCCAUCCAUCCGCCAACCACUCAUCUCCCCGCAAUGGAGGGCACCGCCAAGCUCGCGACGAUGCCCGCAAGCGAGACCAGUGGUCCGCCGCAAGUGAUAUCCAUCGGGCUGUGGCGCAUGGGCACAGCGUCCAUGGCCGCCGCCUAUGACACCAUUGGCCUUCGCCCGCACCAUUCGCUCGACAUGUUUGACACGCCAGAGCAAUGGGCGCUCUUCGAGAAGGCGGCUGAUGCCACCUGGCCUCAGGGAACCGCCAGCGACGGGACAGCUCUGUUCACACGCGCGCAGUGGGACGACAUCUACGGCCAGUACGGGGCGGUCACGGAGAUUGGCGCUGCUUUCGCAAAGCAGCUGGUCGAGGCCUACCCAGAGGCCAAAGUCGUCGUGGUGAGGCGCGACUUUGACAAGUGGUGGCCAAGCUUCCGCGACGGCGUCGCGGCGCCCGUCUUUUCGCUCCAGGGGACAUUUCUCCUGUACUGCGUGCUGCCUGUCAUUGGCAAUCGUGGGCUGGCGGCGAUGCGCAAGGUCCUGGGGGGUUUCUUUGGCGCGAACAGUCUGGCUGGGAUCGAGAGGAAUGCCAAGGAAACUUACGAUGCGCAUUUUGAGAGCAUGAAGGCGUUGGUGCCCCCCGAGAGGCUGCUGGAGUACCGUCUCGGGCAGGGAUGGGAGCCGCUGUGCUCGUUCCUGGGCAAGGACAUUCCCGAUGUCGAGUUUCCGUUCAUCAACGAGGCCGAUGCCCUGAGAGAGAGGCAGAAGCGGGAGGUCCAAGAAGUGAACGCGAAGGCUUUGGCCAAGAUACGGUCGUGGGUGCCGUGGUGACGCGUCGUAGACGUAUCUCGGAGUUGCGUGUCGGUGAAUUUAGAUGUUUCUGGCGGGACCAGACAGCAGCGAAUUUGGGCCUCACGAUUCAUCCCCCAAGUCCCUUACUCAAACGUCUCAUUCCAAUUAUGAAUGUGCGAAAACACCAUAAAUGAUCCUAGACGGUAAUGUGGGUGUGUCCCAAUCUUUUUCCCCGAGAUAAAUUGGACACUCACGUGACGGUUGGCGACACGAGUCUCACCUCAUCCGAUGGGACAUUUGUCAAUUGAACAACGUCCCUGAACUCAUCCAUCGCUCGCCUUUCUUAC